AUGGUCGACAAGCAGAGCAUGGGCAUCCCGCUGAUGGUCCUUCUCGACAAGCGCGAGGAGCCGCUCCUACCCGUGGACAUUGCCAACUUCUACAUAUAUUCUUACACGCAAAGAAAGGUCUGGCAUCACUACGAGAGCGAAGUCAUCUGGCACGCCGUGGGGGAGUCGACGUGGCUCGAGCUCGACUCGUACCUGCAGGCGGUUCAGCAGCGCGUGCGUGAGCACGUGGAAGAGUGGAAGCGGGAUUUCAGUGUCAAUUUCUUGUCGGAACGCGUUCGCAAGCAAUGGGCGCAACUUUCCUGAGCCUGGCAGGCGUCUCAGUACAACAGCUGGCGGCUCAUCACGGAAACGGGCUUCCGUGCGUACCCCAGAUUGCUCCCCCGUUUCCGUCAACUUGGACUGAGUCAGGGCCAAUCACUUUCAUGCGCGUUGUAGAGAUGCAUCUUAUGCGUCAAGACUUCGUCCAACGCUUCAACGCGCUACAUCCCGACCUCAGCCCCCCGCUGCGGGAAGCCGACGACCUCAACAAACGUCUAGUGUCAGACCGCGGAGGUCUUCCAACGUUCCAGCCCGAUCGCGUAAUCUUUUUUCUAGACGAGGGCCAUCCAUAUAAGACGCCGGGGCACCUCGCAACAGAGGAGAUCAAUUACUUACGCAGUGGGUCCCCUCGUGCUGCAUAAGGUAGUGCCGUCGUUGAGUGCUGAGCCAGCCCUUCGACUCUCCCUGCAAGCACGAGGCAUUCAUUUUGGGCUCCGAGGAGAUUCUAGCUCUGGGUUCGACAACGUGGUCGACGCGAGGGUCCCUUUACCUCCUCCUCUUCCGAGUGACUUGUUGGGUAUGCCCGAACUCAUCGAGGAGAGUAUUGCGAGGAGCCGAACGCCCGAGCGGGAAGAGGAUUGGAUCACGUUGGGAGGCAAAAAAGGCUUUAAGACUGCCAUAGCGUACGGCAUUCCCUGGUGGCGUGGGCGCCUGUACUUCAAGCGUCGUCUUUUUACGAAAUCGUGCACGUAG